AUGUCUUCUACAGCGACAGAUCAGCUAGAAGUGAUGACAGGUACUCUGCCAAUAUCUCUACACUUAAAGUGCAAAAAUGCGGAAGAGCUGAUUAGAUUUUACAGCAAAGUGGAAGAAAACCCAAUCAAACAGGACCUACAGGCAUGGAUGACAGACAGAGCUAAGACAAACAAGUGCAUGUACAAACACCUGAUAAGUCAUUUCAAUGAGGUUAAAGGUAAAACAGAGUUAGAACAUGUAGAAACAGACUUCAAGUGCAGCAAAGAAGGAGGUCUAGCAUUAUGUAGAAAGGUCAGUUACAUUAAAAAUGAAGAAGAAAAUCAGAACAAGAAAGACCAGCAAGUGGAGAACAUAACAGAAAUAAUUAGCAAACUGACAGACAGGGAAAUCAGCAUGUUCACAGACGGGUCAACACUGGGAAAUCCAGGACCAACAGGAACUGGAGCAUGUAUCUACUUUAAAGGUACAAACUCGGAUCCAGUCCAAUUAAAAUGCCCAGUAAGUCCAAACAGCAACAACUAUGUAGGAGAGUUGAAUGGAAUUCGUCUGGCUCUAUCCUUUUUAGAGGAAAAAAACAUCCAACAAAAAAGCAUUCACUUGUUUGUAGACUGUCAGCCAGCAAUUAAAACCAUUUUUUCAAACACAAUACCAGCAUUAACAAUAGAAACAAGACAAAUAUUACAAAACCUAGAGAACAAGAAUAACAAGAUUCAAAUACAAUGGACGCCAGGACAUAAAAAUAUAGAGGGAAAUGAAAUUGCAGACAAGCUAGCAAAGGAGGCGGCAAGUGAAAUGAUAGGAAAGCAAGUGGAGGAAAACUCUAGGAAAGUAGACAAGAAAGAAUUAACGAAAGAUUUAAGGUUAAAUGCGGGGCAAAAAUGGCAAAGAAGAUAUGAAAAUACUGAAGGAAAUGAAAGAUUUAUGGAGAUUUUUCCGACAGUACAGCCCAGAAAACUUUAUAAAUCAGAAAGAAGACUGGAAUGUAUUAUAAAUCAGAAAAUAACAGGACACUCCCAUCUGAACAGUCACAUGUCAAAAAUUUUACAUGAUGUGCAGGAGAUAUGUCCAAAUUGUGACAAAGUAGAAACUACCAGACACUUCAUAUUUGAAUGUCCGGCUUAUGCAACGCAAAGAAAUAAACUAGAAAGAGAGGCUGAAGAGGCAUCAAACAGACACAGUGAACCAGUUGCAGACAUAAAUCUGAAAGUUCUGAUAGGCAAUUCCCCGUAUCAGUUGUUCCACGUAGAGGGGAGGAGGGAGUUUGGGACAGAAAUUCAGAAGCUGUUUCAGCAAUUUAUUAAAGACACUAGAAGAUUUAAGUAA